AUGGCACCUGAAUUCUAUGGCGGACCGAUCACAUACAAUUUUGAUAUUUAUAGUCUUGAUAUGAUAAUCAUAGAGAUAGUAACAGGAGAGAAGGGAUGUCCUAAUAUUGACAAGGUAACGUAUUUGGUUUCAAAGCGUGCUCUACGUUUGGAGGAUCUACGAAUUCCCCCUACUUAUUCAAAAACUUUCCAAGGCCCGCCUCAUGGUAUCCAAGUUGAAAGAGAUAACUUGAACAAGUAUGGUCGUCCUUUAUUGGGAUGUACUAUUAAACCAAAAUUAGGAUUAUCCGCAAAAAAUUAUGGUAGAGCGUUUAUGAGUGUCUACGUGGUGGACUUGAUUUUACCAAAGAUGAUGAAAACGUAA